AUGAUGCCGUCGGAGAGCGGAGCUGCGCGCCCGGACGGGGCGGCUGCGCAGGUGGGGACGGCUGUGGCUUCGACAGUGGCCACGGUCUCCCCGGCAGGCGGCGGCCCCGACCCUGAGGCUUCAUCGGCCUCCCGCGAACGGCACCUUAGCGGGCUCACCUGGCCGCAGGUGAAGCGGCUGGAUGCGCUGCUGAGCGAGCCAAUUCCGAUUCACGGGCGCGGCAACUUCCCCACGCUGAGCGUGCAGCCCCGGCAGAUUGUGCAGGUCGUUCGCAGCAGCCUGGAGGAAAAGGGGCUGCGGGUGCACAGUGUGCGCCUACAUGGCUCAGCCGCCAGCCAUGUGCUGCACCCCGAGAGUGGGCUGGGCUACAAGGACCUGGACCUGGUGUUCCGUGUGGACCUGCGCAGCGAGGCAUCCUUCCAGCUGACCAAGGAGGUAGUGUUGGCCUGCCUGCUGGACUUCCUGCCGGCUGGUGUGAGCCGGGCCAAGAUCACCCCGAUGACCCUCAAGGAGGCCUAUGUGCAGAAGCUGGUCAAAGUGAGCACGGACAAAGAUAACUGGAGCCUCAUUUCACUGUCCAACAAGACCGGCAAGAACGUGGAACUCAAGUUUGUGGACUCGGUGAGGCGCCAGUUUGAGUUCAGCGUGGACUCCUUCCAGAUCAUCCUGGACUCCCUGCUGCUUUUCAGCCAGUGCUCCUCUGCACCCAUGUCUGAGGCCUUCCACCCCACGGUGACAGGCGAGAGCCUGUAUGGCGACUUUGCUGAGGCCCUGGAGCACCUGCGGCACCGUGUCAUCGCCACUCGCAGCCCUGAGAACAUCCGCGGUGGUGGCCUCCUCAAGUACUGCCACCUCCUGGUGCGGGGCUUCCGGCCGCAGCCCAGCACUGACGUCCGAGCCCUGCAACGCUACAUGUGCUCCCGUUUCUUCAUCGACUUCCCGGACCUGGCCGAGCAGCAGCGCACUCUGGAGCGCUACCUGGAGGCCCACUUUGGCGGGGCAGAUGCCGCCCGCCGCUACGCCUGCCUGGUGAUGCUGCACCGCGUGGUGAAUGAGAGUACCGUGUGCCUCAUGAGCCACGAGCGCCGCCAGACGCUAGACCUCAUUGCCACACUGGCACUACAGGCGCUGGCCAAGCAAGGCCCAGCCACUGCUGCUGCCCUCGCCUGGCACCCUCCGGGACCUGAUGGAGUUGUGCCUGCUACUGUCAGUUACUAUAUAACCCCGGUGCAGCCUCUUCUGGCCCGGGCCCACUCCUACCCAACUUGGCUUCCUUGUAACUGA